UUCUCCAUAAAAUUCGCUUCUCUGUCCAACCUUCUCUUCACAAUCUCCACACUCUCUAUGUCUCUUUAUCUCUCCUCACCAUAUUGUCACCGUGGACCACUCAUUGCAAUUUGCAAAUUCAUAGCAGAAGAUGAAUCCUAGACACAAUGCAAGGUGACAACAAUUCCAGAUGACAUUCAACAACAAAAAAACUGCAUCAUUUGUUAUAUGCUUUUUUUUUUCCUCUUAUGAGUUAUGACCAAAUAAAUUAAACAAAGAAAAAGACGUGCUCAUAUCACACAUUGUGACCUCUCAAUCUAUUCGGGGACCAAAGGUCGCCGGAGGAAGACGGUUGAUGAUCAAAUGUCAGCUUCGGAGAGCAGCCGAGAGAAGCUAGCGGGCUUGACACUCGACGAAAUUUUAGCCAACCAAAAGAGAUUAGCCGCCACGCCACUGCCACCGAGCCUACCACCUCCUACCAAGAGCCGAACCCUUCUUGACAUUAUCAGAGAAGACGAGUCCACCAAAAAAGAUCGCAGAUCUUGGAAAGCAUUCAAGGACAAGAUUCGUCUGAAGCGCGCUGGCUCCGCUUGGACAUCGUCAAUUCACAUUCCGACUUCUGAUGUGCCCAUCUCAAACCCAAACUCCAGGAACAACUUUGCCAAUCUCGGCCGCCGCGACUCCGUACGAUUCCAGACUUACCCGACCGACUACUCGGACAUGUCAAAUCAGUACAACGCUCACCAAGUAGAAGACCUCGAUCCCACAGAGGACUCUGACUCUCCAGCUUCGGCGGCACCGACCACUAGACCCCAGUUCUCCCGCAAAGGAUCCACCCGCUACGCCGUCGACCCCUCUUUCGACAACAAUGUUGGCGGCGUUAGUCUCCGGCCGCAACUGUCGCGGCGGAACUCCACCAGCGUUCAAACGGAGCCGUUCCGACGAGGGCGGGUGGUGACAUUUCGGGACAACAUGGAUGCUGACGAGGAGGUUGAGGAGUCGUACGACCGCCGCCCAGAAACUGGGCGGGCGUUGUCGGCGAGGGAGGCAGUGGUGGCGCAGGAGGCAGCAGAAGCAGCUGCUGCGGCAGAGGCGGAGGAGGAGGCGGGGAGGGGUCAGGUGACGAUGUCGUUGAUGGACUUGCUGGAAGAGACUGAUAGGGAGAUGGGGCUUGAAGGUUCAAGGUAUAUAUUAAGUGAUGAUGAUGAGGAAGAUGAUGACGAGGAAGGUGGGGUAGAUGAGGAUGAAGAUGUUGUAGGUGGUGGUUCUAUGGAGCACACUUGCUGCAUUUGCAUGGUGAGGCAUAAAGGUGCUGCUUUGAUGCCUUGUGGUCACACUUUCUGCCGGAUGUGUUCGAGGGAGCUUAUGGUCAGCAAGGGGAACUGCCCAAUCUGCAACAAUUUUAUUUUAGAGAUUCUUGACAUUUUCUGAUUUUUGUUUUUUAUUUUGUGAAUUUAUGGGUUCACCUUUUGUUUGAGUUGGAACUGAUUUUUUGUUUUUAAUCUGUUAUUUAUUUCUCCCUUGUGAAUCUUGAGGUGGAUGACGAUCUUUGGGUUUCUUUUCGUGCACAUGAUGUUUUUUAGAAAGUAUGAUUAUGUGGAUCACUGGCUCAAUUCUUAUUCUAAUUGCGGUUGUAUAACUAUACCUAUUGUAAUACUAAAAUAAUA